AUGUCAGACAAGAAGAAAACCCGCCAACCGGACCCAUUCCGAGUUGUACAAGGCGAGGACAACAGCGAAACCUGGAAAGAUUUUCGGGAGGCAUUCCUGGACUACGCGUUGGUGGAAUACCUCAAAAGCGGAACUCCAUGCAAACAACAAGACUCGUUGUGCAACACGCUACAGAACAUCAUCAAGACACUGGACAAAAAGUUCGCUCCUCACGGUAAUAAGCACUUCCAUAGACACCUUUUCGCUCGAAUCAGGCAGAGCGGAGCCGAAUCCGUCUCCGACUUUGUCGACAGAGUGAUGAAGGCUGUCAAGCCGUGCAAGUUCUCUCAGGAGACGGAGCUGACAAUCAACCAGCUAACAUGGAAACAGCAGCUAUUCCAAGUUGCAGGAGAAACGGAAGGAGAACGCUCAAGCGACUCCGAAGGCGAGCACGAGGAGACCUACGUGGAGGAGCACGGAAUUUUCACUAUCUCGAAGCCCGAAGAGAACAAACGGAAGGGAAGGAAAUUUUUCGCAGUUCUCGAGCUUCCAACAGACAUGUCGCUGCGAGCGCAGAUAGAUUCAGGAGCCACGGUAUCGGCAAUGAGUCUCGUCACGUACAGGAAAAUUUUGGCGGGGAAAGCUGCGGAAAACCCACUCGACGAAACUCGUUCUACGGUGCUGAAAGCGUACAACAAUGCGGAGAUGAAAUCAUUGGGAGAAUUCAAUCUCAAAUGCCGCUACAAUAACCAGCAGCACAGCAUACCCUUCCAGGUGCUCGACGACAGCGUCGAGACGCUGCUUUCAGGCCACGAAUGUUUGAGAAUGGGAAUCUUGAAAGUACAUGGGAGCGUUGAGCAGGUGCUCAAAGUGCUCAAAGGGGUCGAUGUCCAGCUUAUUAGACGAGCUGCUCCGAGAAGGCCAGCAAUUGCAACAAGAGAAGCAUUCAUCGAGCGCAUCAGGAACAUGGAGAAAGAAGGAAUAAUCGUAAAAGUGGAGCAUCCUACGGAAUGGAUCUCCAAUGCAGUUGUAGUUCCCAAAGCGGAUGGAAGUGUCCGAAUCACACUCGACCCUGCCGAAUUGAAUAAAGCUAUGAAACGCCCACGGUAUGCGAUGCCCACGUUGGAGGACCAUCUCCCGGUGCUGGCUAAAGCCAAAUGGUUCACGAUCUGUGAUGCCAAGGAUGGGUUUUUCCAACUAAAACUUCAGGAGGACAGCACAGACUUGACCAACUUUUGGACACCCUUGGGGAGAUACAAAUAUCUGGGUAUGCCACAAGGAAUAUCAUCAGCACCAGAGGAGUACCAGCAACGACAAAUGCGGGCGUACGAUAACUUGAAGGGAUGCCUAGUCGUCGCCGACGACACCCUCAUCUACGGAGUCGGAGAAACCGAAGAAGGGAAAUCCCACACAAGCACGGAGAAACUGCAGCUAUGUUUGAAGGAAGUUCGGUACAUGAGGCAUAUCAUCUCUAGUCAGGGCGUAAGGUCGGACCCGAAGAAGAUCAAAGCCAUUGAGGAGAUGGCGAGACCGGAAAACUCAAAAGCUGUAGAGCGUUUCCUGGGAAUGGUGAACUACCAUCUACCGUUCAUCCCCCAGCUCUCAGACCUUACGGCGCCAUUGCGAGAGGUGAUCAAAAAGGGCAAUCAGUUUGUGUGGAUGGAGUCACAGGAGAAAGCGUUCAAUGCGAUCAAGAAGCGUCUGACGGAUUCCCCGACACUGGCGUUUUACGAUGCAAAGGAGCCGGUUACAAUCCAAACGGACAGUUCGGAUCUUGGAGUCGGAGCUGUGAUGCUCCAAGGGGGUAGGCCGGUUUGCUACGACUCACAUGCGUUGUCGGAGGCCGAAAAGGGAUACAUAGCCAUGGAAAAAGAAACGUUGGCCAUCGUAUCAUGCUGUCUGCGCUGGCAUCACCUCCUGUACGGCAAGAAAUACAUAAUCGUCGAGACGGACCACAAACCACUGGUUCGCAGACUCGAAAAAUCAUUGGAAGAAUGUCCCAAACGCCUCCAGCGCAUGAGGCUGACGCUCCAGAGGUUUGAUCUGAAAGUGAAAUACAUCCCGGGUCACACCAACGUCAUUGCGGACACGCUCAGCCGCGCUCCGUUGCGGGACCCGAGGGCGCAGUCCCACGCAGAAACUUUGUAUCGAUUGGAUCUGGAGGCGAUCAGAACUCAUGACGGCACGGCAAUAUCGGAUCCAGUGCUGGAAGAGAUACGAAGGCACACCGUCCGGGAUGAGGAAUGCAUUGGGCUCAUCCGGGCAAUGAAAGAAAGAUCCACGAUCGGGAGAGAAGCCCUGCUCGCGAACUUCAGGACUUUCAAGGAGGGAAUCCGAUCUGAUGAAAGCAUUAUCUUCAUCGGAAGGGCAUGUUAUAUUCCGAAGAGUCUCCGCCGGGAUAUGUAG